CUUCUUGCCUUAUUUAAAUAUAAAUAAACAAAAUUUAAUAUCGGAAUUAAUGCUGAUCCAAAGCAAUACAAAAAUGCCUUUAGAACUUUUGGUUGGAUUUUAUAUAUUUAAACUUAAUCUAUUAAUUAUUUUAAAGUGUUCAAUUUUCGAGUUUUUUAAUCACACCAGUCGACUUAGGCUUGAACUUAUUUGUGCUUUGUUUGCUGUUGAUUGUCAAAAGUGGUGUAAUAUAAAGUAUUUUUUCCAAAGAAACAUGUAA